AUGAUUUUAAAAUCCACCAUCCAUUUGGAUAUUACAAAAAACUAUUUAAGGAGAACCGUUUCUAGAGAGAAUCAGCUUAUAAUAAUUAUUUCCUCAAAAAAAACCUAUUCCUCCCUCAACAAAAACUUUCCUCCCUCACAACAACCUUUCCUCCCUUAAAACUAAUUCUUCCUCCCCCUUAUGAAUUAGAGAAAGCUUUUUUUAUUAACUUAUAGGUACCUUUAAGAAAGAAAAGAAAGAAACAGAAAGAGAAACAGAAGAAGAACAAAAAACUAAGAGAAAACCAGCCUCCAGAAAAUUGGCAACAAAAAAAACAGCAAGACAAGAAAGACCUGA